AUGAAUGGACUACAGCCCGUCUUAAUCCGCGCAUGCACCCGUCUCCGCUGCUUGCCGAAGCCUCCACGCCCAGUACCAUGCCUCCCCCGGCGGCGAUAUCUCCUCUCCGGUGACGCCCCCCUUCCCCUUAACCACCACCCCCUCCGCCCCCCUCCGCCCCCCUCCGCCCCCCCACCCCCCCCUCUCGACCCCGCCAUAACGGGCCUCACGCCCAUCCCCCUCACCAACCGUGAGGGCCCCAUCCGGCGCCUCCUCUCCGCCAUCUCCGCCCGCAGGAGCCCAGAAAUCUGGCACCACUUCACCGCCAUCGCCGCCGCAGACCUCACGCCCCGCCUCACCGCCGCAGACUUCUCAGGCGUCCUCCUCUCCCUCCGCCCCUCGCGCUACGUCUCGCUCAGGGCUCGAACAUACCUCAACGACCGAGGCCGCCCGCGCCUAAGCCCGCUGCGCAUCUCAUACGACGGGUUCCGGGGACGACUCCAUGCCGUGUCCGUCCAGAUGGAGGCCAACGGAUACCAGAUGGGUGUGCACGAGUACACCCACCUCCUCAACUGCGCGCGCGCCGGCAAUGACCGUGUCCUCGCCGAGCAGCUCUGGCGCCGCAUGGCCGCCGCAGGGGUGGCCCCGGACACGUGGGCGUAUAACUCAUAUAUGGCGGCGCUGUGCGGGACGGUGACGUCUAAGCGGGAGCUGCGAGUCACGGAGCAGACGCUGGCGAUGCGGUCGUCGACGCCCGAGGACGUGAGGACGAGGGCUGUGACGAUAUAUCGGAGCAUGAUUGACCGCGGGGUGGUGCCGAAUAGUAUGACGUUUGAUCUGCUGCUGCUGGCCAUGUCGCGCAUGGGCGAUAUCAAGGGUGUGUGCAGGACGCUCAAGGAGGUGUGGGAUGUGGAUGUGGGGGCGCUGGCCACGGGGAAGGAGACGGCGCCGCCGGUGGUGGGCAAGGGCUCCCCGCUGUACCCGACGCAGCAUACGCUGCUUGCGGUGGCGGCGGCCUUUGGGAGUAAUAAUGAUGUGGAGAGCGCGGUGAGGACGGUGGACCAUCUGGCGAGGAGGUAUAAGGUGCCGAUCUCGAGGGCGACGUGGGCAAUGUUACUCAAUUGGACGUAUGUGGCGACGAGGCCGCCGGCACCAUAUCUGCCAAAGUACAGCCCGGUCAAUCUGUGGGGCAUUAUGACGGCGCCGCCGUACUCGGUGGCGCCUACCAUCGAGAUGUACGACUAUGUCGUGCGCUCCCUGAUUGCGCGGAAGAUGCCCAAGCAGGCGAUUGCGGUCAUCAACGAUGCGCUGAAGAUCUAUGCUGCGGGGGUCGCGUCCAUUGAGCAGCAUGUGGGCGGCAGCGAGAAGGAGGCGUGGCGGCGGAGGAUGGAGUUUAGGGAGCGCAGUAUGGUGCGGAGGUGGGCGGAGCUGCUGUGUCUGGGGAAGGGUAUGAGGCCCUGGUAUGCGAGGACGAUGGUGCCGGAUGUGGUGCGCAAACUGGACUGGUUCUUGGGCGAUAGAAUCACGUAUGUGACGCCCACUGCGUUUAUCACGCUGCAGAGGGGUAAGGAGUAUUGGUGGAGGCCGAUGAGUAUUCGUAGGCGGAAGAGGACGUGGAUGCCGUUGGGGACGGGGUCGAAGGAGAUGGAUUAUCUGGAUUAG